GAGCCGGGCACCGUGCACAAAGAAGUUCAAGUCGUCUGUGUCUGAGACUCACCAAACCGCUGCGAAAAUGAGGGAAAUCGUCCAUCUCCAGGCCGGACAAUGCGGGAACCAGAUUGGUGCCAAGUUCUGGGAGGUCAUCAGUGACGAGCACGGUAUUGACCCAACUGGAACCUACCAUGGAGACAGUGACCUGCAGCUGGACAGGAUUAACGUGUAUUACAAUGAGGCCUCAGGUGGUAAAUAUGUUCCCCGUGCUGUGCUGGUGGAUCUGGAGCCGGGCACCAUGGACUCUGUGAGGUCCGGACCUUUUGGCCAGGUCUUUAGGCCAGACAACUUCGUAUUUGGCCAGAGUGGUGCUGGCAACAACUGGGCCAAGGGUCAUUACACGGAAGGUGCAGAGCUGGUGGACUCUGUCCUGGAUGUGGUGAGGAAGGAGGCAGAGAGCUGUGACUGCUUGCAGGGCUUCCAGCUCACACACUCUCUUGGUGGGGGCACUGGCUCAGGUAUGGGUACUCUGCUCAUUAGCAAGAUCCGUGAAGAAUACCCCGACCGCAUUAUGAACACCUUCAGCGUGGUGCCCUCCCCCAAAGUAUCAGACACAGUUGUUGAGCCCUACAACGCCACACUAUCAGUCCACCAGCUUGUUGAAAACACAGAUGAGACCUACUGCAUCGACAAUGAGGCCCUCUACGACAUUUGUUUCCGUACCCUCAAACUCACAACUCCCUCGUACGGAGACCUCAACCACCUGGUCUCUGCCACCAUGAGCGGUGUCACCACCUGCCUCAGGUUCCCUGGGCAGCUCAACGCUGACCUGCGCAAGUUGGCUGUAAACAUGGUGCCAUUCCCCCGUCUGCACUUCUUCAUGCCAGGCUUUGCUCCCCUCACAAGCCGAGGCAGCCAGCAGUACCGAUCGCUCACUGUGCCAGAGCUCACCCAGCAGAUGUUCGAUGCCAAGAACAUGAUGGCUGCCUGCGACCCACGUCAUGGCCGCUACCUGACAGUGGCUGCCAUCUUCCGUGGCCGCAUGUCCAUGAAGGAAGUGGAUGAGCAGAUGCUGAAUGUACAGAACAAAAAUAGCAGCUACUUUGUAGAAUGGAUCCCCAACAACGUGAAGACCGCAGUCUGUGACAUUCCUCCCCGUGGCCUCAAGAUGGCAGCCACCUUCAUUGGCAACAGCACAGCCAUCCAGGAGCUGUUCAAGCGCAUCUCUGAGCAGUUCACUGCCAUGUUCAGGCGCAAGGCUUUCCUCCACUGGUACACCGGAGAGGGUAUGGAUGAGAUGGAGUUCACCGAAGCAGAGAGCAACAUGAACGACCUGGUGUCCGAGUACCAGCAGUACCAAGACGCAACUGCUGAGGAGGAGGGAGAGUUUGAGGAGGAGGGUGAGGAGGAGCUCGCCUAAAGUCUUCCAUCUGCUGUUAUCAAAAAUUGUUUUGUCUUGUAACAUGUAUGUUUUUCAGUGUUCUCUCUGCUGUUGGAAUUAAUAAAAGUUCAACAUACGGCAAA